UCAUAUACACAUCAGUCAAUUUGAGUCACACAACGCACGUUUCAAACCAGGUAUGUGACAGGCAAAUACUGAGAAGGUUUAGUCGCUCAAUUCCUGUCGAGGCGUAUAAACGUGUGUGCUUUUUGUGCAGUGUAUAGUGAUAUAUAGCUUCAACAAAAUGCCGCUGCAGCUUACGAAACCCGCGCCCCAGUUCAAGACCACGGCGGUCGUGAACGGAGAGUUCAAGGAUGUGUCUCUCUCAGACUACAAGGGGAAAUACGUCGUGCUGUUCUUCUAUCCUUUGGACUUCACGUUCGUAUGCCCGACCGAGAUCAUCGCUUUCUCCGAGGGCGCCGACGAUUUUCGUAAGAUCGGCUGUGAAGUCAUCGCCGCGUCCACCGACUCGCACUUCACACAUCUGGCGUGGAUAAACACACCUCGUAAACAGGGCGGGCUCGGCCCCAUGAACAUCCCGAUCAUCAGCGACAAGUCGCACAAGAUCGCGCGCGACUACGGCGUGCUCAACGAUGACACCGGCAUCCCGUACCGCGGGCUGUUCAUCAUCGACGACAAGCAGAACCUGCGGCAGAUCACCGUCAACGACCUGCCCGUGGGACGGUCAGUGGAGGAGACCCUGAGGCUGGUGCAGGCGUUCCAGUUCACGGACAAGCACGGCGAGGUGUGCCCCGCCAACUGGAAGCCCGGCGACAAGACCAUCAAGCCCGACACCAAGGCGGCGCAGGAGUACUUCGUCGACGCCAACUAGUGCGCCCGUGGCGGCGGGUCAAUGUGAACUGGAUUUGAUGGAAAAUCUAUUUGGCAAUCUAUAUUCUAUAUUUAAAUCAUUGUGAACUGGAUUUGAUGGAAAAUCUAUUUGGCAUAUUAUUUAAAAAAAAAUUGUGAAAAUUCUUGUUUGGUUAUGCUUAAUUUGUUUUUUUUUUUAAUACGUGUACCAACUAGCUUUUUCGUUCAGUACUUAUGCUUUAAUUUUUUUUUUUAGUACUUUAUCCUACAAGCUUUUUUUCGUUCAGUAGAUACUUAAGGAUAAAGUUUGAAUAUGUUUGCAUUUGAUUUCACUAUCAUAAAUAUGAUUUAUGAUUUGGAUGUAAAUUUUUUUGCAAGCUCUAUUUAAAUUACACUUGCUAUAAUCUGUUCUCUUCAGAGAAGAACGUUCACAAAUAUCACUAGAUAACCAAUAUGUCAUUCUGUCGAUCAGAAAACUAGGUUAAAAAUUUGUAAAAUGCUCUUGUCAUUCGCACACACGUUUUCAUUUUGAAGGUGUCAAGUUUGACGUAUGAAAUUUUGUUUUUUUUUUUUAAUUGUGCGUGUACGAUUGAAAGGCAUAGGAAUCGGAAACCUUAAAAUUUUUAUCUUUGCAUUUGCCGGGUUAAAUCCUGAAUUGAUUAUUACAUUUUGCAAUUUUAACUUUCAUUGUCUUAAGGAUCAGAUUGCUAUGCCCAUUAUUGUACAAUACUAAAGAUUUAAAAGUAGGUGCGAAUCUCACGCAUUAGUUACGGGUCGGACAAUAAAUUGAAAUAAAGUUCAUUCUCUUUACAUUCUGUAUCAAUCGAGGCUGUAAUAAACUACUUACAUUUUAAA